GCAGCGCUUUUCCCGGACCGUUGGGCGAAGGUCAUCGCCGUAAUUGGACAGCGACUCGAUUUCUGGGGCGGCGCCCUCACCUGGGGCAAGGGCGAGGAGGAAGCAUGGCUCUUCACCCCGAAUUUUCAGGAGUUGAUGCAGGCCUUCAUGGAAGGCGGCUGGAAUCAUCGCAACGACCGCCUCACCCGUGCAAUCCGUGAGGGGCAAUUUUCCUUCGUACAUGAUUUCGAUGUCUUCACCCAUGAUGAAUGGGCCGGUUUACCGAUCGUGCGCGACUUUCUCAUGCCGCGCGGGCUGGGAUAUGGGGUGGCGACGCAGGUCGCGCCGCCCGAUCACCCGGAAAUGACGGUGCUUUUUGAGCGCAAGCUCGACAGCGGCGUCAUCGGGCCGGAAACCAUGGCCGCACUCGGCCAGCUAAGGCCGCAUAUCGCCCGCAGCCUCACCCUCGCAACAGGUUUGCAGCGCCAGAAAGCCGACGCCAUGACGCUCGGCCUCAACGCCAUCGGCGCUCCGGCGGCAGUACUUCAGGCAAGCGGCCGCGUUCUUUCCGCCAACACCCUGUUCCAGACGAUCCAGAAAUGCAUUUCCACCCGGGCCCGCGACAGGAUUGUGAUCUCCGACGAAAGAGUGAACCGGCUGCUCUACAAGGCGCUCGCCGGACACAGCGUCGGCUCCUUCCCGCUGCCGACGGAAGACAGAACCUGCAUCCUUCACGUCAUACCGCUUCGCAAGGAUGCGCUUGACCUGUCGCCGAACGGUUCCGCCAUCGUGCUGAUAUCGCAACCCACGGAUACGGUUGCUGACGCGACGCCCCUCCUGAAGAGCCUCUACGAUCUCACCAAGGGCGAGGCCCGCGUGGCACUGGAAAUCAUGAAGGGACUUUCGCUUCCUUCCGUGGCGAAGCAAUUGAAGAUCUCCCAUGAGACCGUCCGCAGUAACGCCAAGUCUAUCUAUGCCAAGACCGGCAGCACGGGCCAGACCGAUCUCGUUCGCCGGCUUUCCGUCUUGACGCGCUACACCAUCGGCGGCGAGGCCUGA